AUGUUCGUGACGUAUAUAAACGUGACCACUGCAGGCAACAGCAGUGUCCUUGUGCAGUGGAGUGACAGCAGCAUCAAUAGUAUUAAUUCUUGUUUUCGCAUUCCGAAACAUGACUCUGAAGUCCUUCCUCUUUCUUACCAGGUUAUCGCCCUGGCUUCCUUGCUGGCAGCCGCAAGUGCAAAGCCAGGCCUUUCUCAGAGCUAUCAGGCUCCAGGAUCUUCCUUCGGUGGUUCUGCAGGAGCUGCCAGUUUCCUCCGACCUGCCGCAGGACCUGCCAUCAACUUCGGAGGGGCUGCUUCUGCUGGAGGCUACAGCCCUCCUGUCGCUCCUGUAACUCGUCCUCAGUAUAACUUCAACUAUGACGUCAACGCCUUCGGUAACGAUUUCGGCCACCAAGAGGGCCGCGACGGAUACAACACUCAGGGAUCCUACUACGUGCAGCUUCCCGACGGUCGUCUGCAGAGGGUCACCUACACUGUCAACGGCGACCAAGGAUACGUGGCUCAGGUGACGUACGAGGGAGUGGCUCAGUACCCUGCCUUCCAGCCGUCUGCCUCCUACUCGCCCUCACCUUCUUAUGGUUAAGGUCUGCAAGCCGAGGGGUAUUAUGUGUCGGAUGUUAACAUUCAU